AUUGACAAGUAUCUGUACGCCAUGCGGCUCUCUGAUGAGAUUCUGAUAGAUAUCCUGACACGAUUCAAGAAAGAGAUGAAGAAUGGCCUCUCCCGGGAUUAUAAUCCAACAGCCUCCGUCAAGAUGCUGCCCACCUUCGUCCGGUCCAUUCCGGACGGCUCAGAAAAGGGGGAUUUCAUUGCCCUGGAUCUCGGCGGGUCUUCCUUUCGAAUCCUGCGGGUGCAGGUGAACCACGAGAAGAGCCAGAACGUCAGCAUGGAGUCUGAGAGCUACGACACCCCAGAGAACAUCGUGCACGGCAGUGGAACCCAGCUUUUCGAUCAUGUCGCUGACUGCCUGGGAGACUUCAUGGAGAAAAAGAAGAUCAAGGACAAGAAGUUACCCGUGGGAUUCACAUUUUCCUUCCCCUGCCGACAAUCCAAAAUAGACGAGGCUGUACUGAUCACGUGGACAAAGCGGUUCAAAGCCAGUGGUGUGGAAGGAGCGGAUGUGGUCAAGUUGCUGAAUAAAGCCAUUAAGAAGCGAGGGGACUAUGAUGCUAACAUUGUCGCCGUGGUGAAUGACACAGUAGGGACCAUGAUGACCUGCGGUUACGAUGACCAACAGUGUGAAGUCGGCCUGAUCAUUGGCACAGGCACCAAUGCUUGCUACAUGGAGGAACUGCGACACAUCGACCUGGUGGAAGGCGACGAGGGGAGGAUGUGUAUUAACACGGAAUGGGGAGCCUUUGGGGAUGAUGGGUCCCUGGAAGACAUCCGAACCGAGUUUGACAGAGAGUUAGACCGAGGAUCUCUCAACCCUGGGAAGCAGCUGUUCGAGAAGAUGGUGAGCGGCAUGUACCUGGGGGAGCUGGUCCGGCUAAUCCUGGUGAAGAUGGCCAAGGAAGGCCUCUUAUUCGAAGGGCGCAUUACUCCAGAGCUGCUCACGAGGGGAAAGUUCAACACUAGUGACAUGUCCGCCAUUGAAAAGGAUAAGGAAGGCAUUCAAAAUGCCAAGGAAAUCUUAACCCGCUUGGGAGUGGAGCCGUCCGAUGCUGACUGUGUGUCGGUCCAGCACAUCUGCACGAUCGUCUCCUUCCGGUCAGCCAACCUGGUGGCCGCCACGCUCGGUGCCAUCUUGAACCGCCUGCGGGACAACAAGGGCACACCCAGGCUGCGGACCACGGUUGGCGUGGACGGUUCUCUCUACAAGAUGCACCCACAGUACUCCCGGCGGUUCCACAAGACCCUGAGGCGCUUGGUGCCUGAUUCCGACGUCCGUUUCCUCCUCUCAGAGAGUGGCAGCGGCAAGGGGGCCGCCAUGGUGACGGCAGUAGCCUACCGCCUGGCUGAGCAGCACCGGCAGAUUGAGGAAACCCUGGCCCACUUCCGCCUCAGCAAGCAGACGCUGAUGGAGGUGAAGAAGAGGCUACGGUCAGAGAUGGAAUUGGGGCUGAGGAAGGAGACCAACAGCAAAGCUACCGUCAAAAUGCUGCCUUCUUUUGUCCGGAGCAUCCCGGAUGGGACUGAACACGGUGACUUCCUGGCCUUGGAUCUUGGAGGAACGAAUUUCCGGGUUCUGCUGGUAAAGAUCCGCAGUGGGAAAAAGAGAACAGUGGAAAUGCACAACAAGAUCUACUCCAUUCCCCUGGAAAUCAUGCAGGGCACCGGGGAUGAGCUGUUUGACCACAUCGUCUCCUGCAUCUCCGACUUCCUGGACUACAUGGGGAUCAAAGGCCCCCGGAUGCCUCUGGGCUUCACCUUCUCAUUUCCCUGCCAUCAGGCGAGCCUGGACUGUGGAAUCUUGAUCUCAUGGACAAAGGGUUUCAAAGCCACUGACUGUGAGGGCCAUGAUGUAGCAACCUUACUGAGGGAUGCGGUGAAGAGGAGAGAGGAAUUUGACUUGGAUGUGGUGGCUGUGGUCAACGACACCGUGGGCACCAUGAUGACCUGUGCGUAUGAAGAACCCACUUGCGAAAUUGGACUCAUCGUGGGGACGGGCACCAAUGCCUGCUACAUGGAGGAGAUGAAGAAUGUGGAGAUGGUGGAGGGGAACCAGGGCCAGAUGUGCAUCAACAUGGAGUGGGGCGCCUUUGGUGACAAUGGGUGUCUGGAUGACAUCAGAACAGACUUUGACAAAGUGGUGGACCAAUAUUCUCUAAACUCUGGGAAACAAAGGUUUGAGAAAAUGAUCAGUGGGAUGUACCUGGGUGAGAUCGUCCGUAACAUCCUGAUCGACUUCACCAAGAAAGGCUUCCUCUUCCGGGGACAGAUCUCUGAGCCACUCAAGACCCGAGGCAUCUUUGAGACCAAGUUUCUCUCUCAGAUUGAGAGUGACCGGUUAGCGCUGCUCCAGGUGCGGGCCAUCCUUCAGCAGCUGGGUCUGAACAGCACGUGUGAUGACAGUAUCCUGGUCAAGACCGUGUGUGGGGUGGUGUCCAAGCGGGCAGCUCAGCUGUGUGGUGCCGGCAUGGCCGCCGUGGUGGAAAAGAUCAGAGAGAACAGAGGCCUAGACCAUCUGAAUGUAACUGUGGGAGUGGAUGGGACGCUCUACAAACUUCAUCCACACUUCUCCAGAAUCAUGCACCAAACUGUGAAGGAACUGUCACCAAAGUGUACCGUGUCCUUCCUCCUGUCUGAAGACGGCAGCGGCAAGGGGGCCGCCCUUAUCACAGCUGUGGGCGUGCGGCUCAGAGGAGACCUUUCGGUCGCCUAAGAGCCAGGAUCCUCCCAGCCCCCAGCCCGCCACCCUUCCAGCACUCCUCUCUAGAACCGACGACCACACCCCCGUGUUCCACCCAGCAAGCCCCGCUGGGAGACCCAGCGCCAGCGCCCACUCCGCCGCAGAGGGAGGAAGGGGACCGCAGUAACGGAGCACCACGUAGAAUACCACCCAGAGCGCGUGUGCUGUUGAUCUGAUCUCUCGCCUGGACCCCUAAUCCCCGCCCUGCCACUCUGCAUGAUUCAAGUUCGACCUGGCCAUGCAUUGCCCAUGCGUGAACGUAGCGGCACCCGCGUGCGUCUACUGCAGAUGUCCAGCUAGGAAAGAGUCCCCUCUCUUGGACAGUCUUCUGGGCCCUUCCAAGCCCAUCCGUGGAGUCGCCUCUCCUCCCCCCUCCCCCGUGUGAAGUGUGUUAUCACCAGCAGACACUGCCGGACUCCUGCCCACAGGGGCGUGGCCUGAAGGGCGAGUGUGGACAUGGCACUGCUGUUCGUUCCCUUCCCCUCCCAGCACCCGCCGCAGCCUGCCAUCCCGUCUGGAUGUAUCGAUGCCACUGAAUUGUGAAUUGUGUGUCCGUCCGUGGAGCCAGUCCUAGCCACAUUAUUGACAGUCUUGCAUUUUGUUUUGUCUCGUGGUGGUGGGGGUGGAGGUGGUAGGGGUGCGCUAAGGUGGGCAGUCCUGUGGGAGAACAUCUUGCUAGAAGGAACCAACCCACAAAACAACACCAUCACUGGAAUUUCCCAUCGCUUUAGUGAGCCAUUGUUGUACGUCUAGUAAACUUUGUACUGAUUCAA